AUGAAAAGCUUGGGGAAGCAUCCCCUAUUAAGCAUGCAAAAUAUUAGGGAUGCUUUUGGAAGACGGGCAAUUUUCUCCUGUCCAAUUUGUGUUGCAUCUGCAGGACUGCAACACCAACGCACCACCCUUUGCACUUAUAAUUCUAAUGAGCAAGAGGAAGAACGUGAUCAGAAUGCUCGUAAAGCAAAUAAGAAACCUGAGCCUCCUCCUGAAGCAAAGCCUGAUGUGCCAGAAACAACAGCUAAUGCAGAAGAGCCUGAGAGAAGUGAUUCAGAUGAGUCUGAUGAUUCAAUAUAA